CAAUUUAAUUUUUGAAUGUUGUAAUUUUGGGUGUUGCCUUAUUCUACAAUCCAAAUAUGGUAGGCCGAGUUAUCCUUGGCGGAGAUAUGUCUCAGAAUCUGAAUCAGCUGAGGUCUACAAUGAGAAGGUUUCUAUAAUGGAAAUGCUAAAGAAAGCCAACUCUUUUAUUCCUCAUGUGAUUCUCUCAAGUACAAUCUUAGCUCUUCUCUAUCCACCUUCUUUCACAUGGUUCAAGCCAAGGUACUUUGUGCCUGGCCUAGGUUUCAUGAUGUUUGCUGUUGGAAUCAACUCUAACGAACGGGACUUUCUGGAAGCUCUUAAAAGACCAGACGCUAUUUUCGCCGGUUACAUCGGACAAUACUUGAUCAAACCUCUCUUAGGUUAUAUGUUCGGCGUGAUGGCUGUCUCUCUUUUCAAUCUACCGACUCCUAUAGGUGCUGGAAUCAUGUUGGUAUCAUGUGUUAGUGGAGCUCAGCUAUCGAACUACACAACUUUCUUGACCGAUCCUUCACUCGCGCCGCUUAGUAUUGUCAUGACAUCGAUCUCAACAGCUACUGCAGCGCUCGUUACACCAAUGCUUUCUCUAUUGCUCAUUGGUAAAAAGCUUCCCGUUGAUGUGAUUGGGAUGAUCUCUAGCAUUCUUCAGGUCGUGGUUACACCUAUUGCCGCAGGACUACUUCUGAACCGGUUAUUGCCAAGGUUGUCUAGUGCAAUCAAACCAUUUCUCCCAGCAUUAACGCUUAUCGAUAUGGCUUGUUGCAUUGGAGCACCCCUCGCUUUGAACAUAGACUCAAUCUUGUCUCCAUUCGGUGCAACCAUUUUGUUCCUCGUUAUCACUUCUUAUCAGUUUCAUCUCUUGGCUUUCGUAGCUGGUUACUUUUUUACUGGUUUCUUCUUCAGCAAGGCACCUGAUGUAAAGGCUCUACAACGAACAUUAUCCUAUGAAACAGGAAUGCAAAGUAGUCUUCUAGCUCUGGCCCUCGCAACAAAGUUCUUUCAAGAUCCUCUUGUUGGAGUGCCUCCAGCGAUCUCCACGGUGGUUAUGUCUCUGAUGGGUGUCUCGCUAGUUACAAUAUGGAAAAACAGAAAGGAGUAG